CGAUGGCUGGCCGAGCAGUGGGCGAGACCAGGGCGAGGUGGCGCUGAGAAUACUCGGAAAAAAAGCGGCGGCUGCGAGUCACAUAAAAGGCCCGCAAUGGAGAUGGCAUCUCGCAGAGCGCGCCAACGCACUCAGACACGCGGCGUCGGCAUGAAUCUGGAACACCGCAUCAAGGCCUAUCGCUUCGUCACCUAUUCGGCCGUCACCUUCUCAGUGGUGGCUGUCAUCUCAGUAUGCACGACACUGCCGAUGGUCUAUAACUAUGUGCAUCAUGUGAAACGACUCAUGCACAGUGAGAUUAAUUUCUGUAAGGACUCAGCUCGCGAUAUCUGGUCAGAAGUUGGGCAACUCAAAACAAUCUCACAACAUUCGAACAGGACGGCAAGGCAGGCCGGGUACGGCAAUUGCGCUGCGUGUUGCAGCGGUGGACAAGCUGGCCCUCCAGGAAUGCCCGGAAACCCGGGUCGACCAGGAAACCCAGGAGCGCCUGGAAUCCCCGGAAAUCCUGGACGGCCACCUGUUCAGCCUUGCGACCCAAUUCCAAUCCCUCCAUGCAAGCCGUGUCCUCAAGGACGACCUGGUCCUCCCGGCCCGGUUGGACCACCGGGAGAGCCUGGAACUCCUGGAAACCCUGGAGCACCAGGAAACGACGCGGCCCCAGGACCACCAGGACCAAAGGGACCUCCUGGACCACCAGGCAAAGCAGGACAACCAGGUGCUGCAGGACAACCAGGAGCAAAUGCUCCUUCAGAGCCUCUCGUUCCUGGACCUCCUGGACCUCCAGGACCUACUGGACCGCAAGGGCCACCUGGACCAAAUGGAGCACCCGGACAUCCUGGUGCACCAGGAACACCUGGAGAGAAGGGUCCACGUGGACAAGAUGGUCAGCCAGGAGCGCCUGGAAAUGCCGGACAUCCCGGACAACCAGGCCAGCCUGGACCUCCAGGAGAGCGUGGUGUCUGCCCGAAAUACUGCUCAAUCGAUGGUGGUAUGGAACUCGUCGCUAGAUGCUCAACUCACAGAGAGUCACGACAUAAGAGGUCGUUACGAUGCAAAUCUCUAUUACGUGGUAAUAAAUCUAGAUUCACUGCGCAAACAAAUACAUAUGCUAGCAUAGGACGUUCGCAGCGAUUCGAAAACGAUUCGCAGAAGAACUGGAGA